AUGCAUCAAACCAGUUCCAGGUUACUCCGAAUGACGAACGAUGAUCGGCCAUUCACAAGGGAUUUCAAGGAUUUGUUUUCCACCCUCAUGGUCAGUCUGCCACUGAACUCGCACCGGGUUCGUUUCAAGACCUACGCAUUCUCAUUCACCUCAGAGGAGGCGAUCAACAAUCUCGGCUCCCUGAAGUUCUCGCAGUCAAAUCGGAUGCCAGAUCCCAAGGACCCAUCUCGGAUUGUUACCACAACAACCACAACAACAUUCUCGAUGGCUAAGGAAAUGGCUCGCUCUGUGUGUCAGAGGUUCAUGGAUGCUCGUUUUAUCGAGCUUGCUGAUUCAAAACCAGUCCAGUACUUUCCUCCAAAGGGCUCCCUAUGGCAAUUGACCCCGAAAGGGAUUCACGUCCUGGAAAGAUUCUGCCAGCGGAAUGGAAUUCAACAGGAGCAUGUUGUUAGACUGUUACAGUCACCUUACAAUACUAUGCGUCUGGUUAUUCUCGAGAGAGACUCAAUUACCGACAGGUUAUCACAGGACAAAACCACCACAGAAGUAAUCUUCAGACGGUUUGCCGGAUCUACUCCAAACAUUAAGGCCAACGUGUCCAUCUCGGACUCGGACUCGGUAUCGGAGUAUCAUGAUGGGAUCACGGGUGUAAAGCUAGCCGAAACGCGGAAGAUUUAUGAUAAAGUGAUUAAGAAUUCGUUUACCGGGAAGUGCGCGGUGGAUUGGUUACUGGAUUGCUGUACCACAGUGGAGGCGCGUGAAACCAAUGAGAUUGCAAGGCUCUUCAUUCAGCAUGGUCUUAUCCAGUCCGUACUAGAGGACAAGGUCUACGUUCAUCAAAACCCGGAAGCAAGUCAAUUCCAGCCGACCAAGAACGCCAUUUAUGUAUUCACAGACAAAGGUAGAAGGGUUGCAGGGUGGAUUGAGUCGGACAGGUUGAGCCUGCAGAGCGGAGAGAGGAAUGCUGAUGGCUCCCAAAGAGCGAGGUCAAACGUGAGAGCGAGAGACGACCAGUCCCCAAGAGAUCAGCGUGAAACAAACACAACUCGGUUGACUGCUAUCCUGAACGACGCUGCGCUACGAUUACUGUACCGCGAAUUCCUUCGGGAAACUCUUUGCGAGGAGAAUCUGGCCUUUUACCUGGAUGUUGAAGAUUUCAACCACAACUUCCAUGCUAUUGACCUGUCAAAGCCGGAUGCUGUACGUGAAACACUAGCCGCUGCUUAUGGUCUUUAUAACGCUUUCUUGGCACCAGGCUCCCCCUGCGAGCUUAACAUCGACCAUACCCUCCGCCAGGACAUGGCAUCACGCAUGACAAGGGCAGUUGCAAAAGAUGAUGAGUCGAUGUAUAGCAGCUUGAAGGAUGUGCAGACCCUGUUCGACAGGGCACAACAGCAAGUGUUCAAGCUUAUGGCAGGAGACUCGGUACCUAAGUUUAUUCGCACUCAUAAAUAUAUCGAGGUUGCAGGCGACAUUCUCGAAGAUGAGCGAAAUGCCCUUUCAGGUGGGGCUCCCGAGAGGACCUUAAGUCGAUCAACCAGAUACCCAGCCAGCAAUGGUGAUGUCCCAAGAUGA